UUUUUGAAAUUACAGACAUGAGUCGGCAGAUUGGUGCAAAGAAACGUCAAAAGUAUGAUACUGACACCCUAGAUAAGGUUGUAGAAUUGGUAAAAAGUAAAAGCAUCACCUUGAAUCAUGCAGCUGCUGAGUAUGGCAUACCAAAAACUACGAUACAUGACCAUCUGAAAGGGAAGUAUAACAAUCAUUCUUGUGGGGUGAAGCCUGUUCUCUCUCUAACAGAGGAAAAACGUAUCGUGCAGUGGGCUGUCGGUAUGUCUCGAAUUGGCUACGGACGCACCCGUCAAGAGCUUGCUUCAACGGUAAAGAAGAUUCUUGAUGCAGACGGUCGUCCUAAUCCGUUUAAGGACAACAGGCCUGGAAAACAAUGGCUCAAGGGUUUUUUCAAACGCAAUCCCGAAUUAAGCCUGCGAACUACAAUCCAAAUAGGGAAGGAACGCGCCCUUGUCACACGAGACAAGGUAAUGAAAUGGUUCACGGACUUCCGUAACUACAUUGAGGUUGAACUUGGUGACAGUGACCUCCUUAAAGACCCAUCCAGGAUCUAUAAUGCGGACGAGAGCGGGUUUGCCCUAUGUACCAAGGGAAACCAGGUAAUUGGUUGCCGCGGAGCACCGGUAGUCUACCAUUUCGCAAACAGCGACAAGUCACAGCUUACAGUCAUGGCAGCUGUAAGCGCAAAAGCACACUAUAUACCGCCAAUGAUUAUUUAUCCUGGUCAACGAUUCACGUACAACCCCCUCGAAGGAUUUGAAGAUGCAGCAUUUGGAAGAUCUGAAAACGGCUGGAUUGACUCCGAGGUGUUUGCGACGUGGCUGAAGGACGUAUUUGUACCCUCGAUUAAUAAAAGGCAAGUAAAGAAGCCAGUGCUCCUCCUUCUUGACGGUCACAAGACCCAUGUCACCGUGCAAGCGUCUGACAUCUGGAGAUCCAACGGAAUAGAACUCGCUGAGGACACUGUAACAGAAAUGGGUGCAGCUCAACCCCCGGCUUCGCCAGAUGCCGGCACUUCAGACUUACCGCACAUUUCUGCUAAUGCAGUUCAAUCCUCAGUUUCUUCUGAUCGCGGCAACGCAGACAUACCGCAUAGUUCUGAUGAAAUGAUCCAAGGGGCACCAUGUGAACCAAGAGAAUCGACAACCGAGUCUCGCUCAAACGUAAACCCCGCAUCGCAAUCACCGAUGAGCAAAAUAUUAGUCAUACCAAAUGUACAAGAAACAAAGAAAAACAAAGCGAAACAUACACCGCUACCCAAAGCUGUAACUGGGGCUAAGUUUCGUGAAAUUCUUGAACAGAAACGUUUAGAUAAGGAGGCCGAGGAAAAGGCCAAAAUGGAGCGCCAGGCAGAUCGGGAACGGAAACGCAAAGAGCGUGAAGAGGCGAAAGAAAAGAAGAAAGCUGAGCAAGAUGAAAAGCGAAGAGAGAAGAUCAACAUCGCACGAGAGAAAAAACGAAAGAGGUUGGAAAUGCGUGCACGAAUUCUUCAGGCAAUUGAGGAGUCUUCUGAUGACGAAGGCAUUAAGGUAGCAGACGGUCACUGCUAUGCUUGUGAGCGUUUAUAUGAUGUGUACAUUGAGUGCACAAUGUGCUAUCGAAGGUUUCAUAUGGAAUGUGUCGAAGAUGACUACCUGGAUGAUGUGCCUUUCGAGUGCAAAUACUGUUGA